UCAUCGGGCGAACUUCAAUAAACACUGGUGCCCUGGUCCCUACCCCAGAGACUGUGUGUGGGCGGGACUUUGGAAGUUCUAAGGGUCCCAGGUGAUGGCAAUGGGCAGGCGAGUUUGAGAAGCUUUGCUUUACCAGGUGGUGCGAGGGCCGGGCGCAGUGAGCACCGAGCGCCACUGGGUGGCGCUGCCCACUCGGCCCGGCGCUCGGGGAGGCGCGUGGGGGCCGAGGCCCGGUGCGCACCUGCCCCGCCUCCUCCAGGCGGGCCACGGGGCAUGCAGCCGGUCGGGGGCGGGGCUCCGAGGCCGGGACGCGGCCACCGGCUCCCCAGCAGCCUCCUCCAGCUGGACCCCGUCGCGCUCCUGAUGCUGCUGGUGGACGCCGACCCGCCGGAGCCCGUGCGCAGCGGGGCGCGCGAGCUCGCGCUCUUCCUGACCCCCGAGCCCGGGGCCGAGGCGAAGGAGGUGGAGGAGACCAUCGAAGGGAUGCUCCUCAGGCUGGAAGAGUUCUGCAGCCUGACUGACAUGAUCAGGAGCGACACUUCACAGAUCUUGGAGGAAAACAUCCCGCUCCUUCAGGCCAAAGUGACAGAAAUGCGUGGCAUCUAUGCCAAAGUGAACCAGCUAGAGGCCUUCGUCAAGAUGGUUGGGCACCACGUCUCCUUCCUGGAGGCCCACGUGCUUCGGGCCGAGCGGGACCACGGGGCCUUCUCGCAGGCUCUGCGGAGAUGGCUGGGCUCCGCCGGGCUUCCCUCCUUCAGGAGCAAGCCGCUGGCGGCCCCGGCCUUUGAGCUGCCCGCGCUGUACCGCACGGAGGACUACUUCCCCCCGGCCACCGGCCCUGCUGCACUGCGGACCCCCGGCCCCCGGCGCGUGUGAGCCUCUGAACCGGGGGGCCUGUCUCAUGCUGUCCCUUCAUGCUGUGGUCCCCUCCCUUGCUGCACGUGGAACCACGGGGUUCGGAGACCCAUCUGGGGCCCGUGCGGCUGGGUCCGAGCAGCCACCGUGGCUCUAGGCCCCUGGUGGCUGCUUGAUGCCACCAGACACACGGCUUCAGGGUCACCUGCAGUGGCUCAUCUGUCUGCGAUCCCCGGUGCCCGCCGGCCUGUGAAUCAUCUCAAUAAAGAUGUCAAGAGGUC